CUCCUCCCCAACUUCGCAUCUACCAUCUAGCAUACCUACGUACGACGGCAGCGAUCCUCCUGCCCACCAAACCAGCAUGAGCAAUGGAACAGAGUGGUCACCAUCUUCCUGGCGCUCGCGCCCAAUCGCGCAAGACGUGCACUACCCCGACGCUGCCGCUCUCAAGAAGACUCUCGAUCGACUGCAGACUCUCCCGGGCAUUGUCACUCCUUCCUCCAUCGCCCACCUCUCUUCCCGCUUGAAGGAUGUAGCUCAGGGUAAAGCAUUUCUGUUGCAAGCGGGGGACUGUGCUGAGCUCUUCGAAGACUGCAGGGCGGACAAGGUGGAGGCGAAGCUCCGGCUGAUCCUCAUGAUGAGCUUGGUCGUUGUUUGGGGAGCCAGAGUACCAGUGGUGCGAGUGGGGAGGAUUGCUGGACAGUAUGGCAAGCCACGGAGUAAAGACAAGGAAAUGGUAGAGAUCGAUGGAGUGAGGAAGGAGGUCCUGACCUUCCGAGGAGACAACGUAAACGGCUUUUCUGUGAAUGACCGUACACCUGACCCCGACAGGCUCACUCAAGCCUACUUCCAUUCUUCUGCGACUCUCAACCACAUCAGAGGUCUCUUAGACAGCGGCUUUGCGGACUUGCAUGCCCCCCUCUCCUUCACAUUCGACCACGUGCGCGACCAGACUCUGCAGCAAUCGUACGAGGAUAUCGUCGACUCCAUCACCGACUCCCUCGACUUCAUGAAGACAGUCGGUGCAGACCCUUCUUCUUCUGGGAGCAGUGACCAGGGUACUCUGAAUCGUGUCGACUACUUCGUCUCCCACGAGGGUCUCAUGCUUGAGUACGAGGAAGCUUUAACGAGGGAGGUGCGGGGCCCGCCUUCAUCGCGGCGCGGACCCGAGGCUGGGCACUACAACCUCUCCACUCAUCUUCUCUGGCUGGGCGAUCGGACAAGAGCGGCAGAUGGAGCUCAUAUGGAGUAUUUCAGGGGCAUCAAGAAUCCCAUCGGCAUCAAAGUCGGGCCAACAAUGAAGCCGGAUGAGCUGGUCAGGGUACUGGACAUUGUGGACCCCGACUGUGUUCCCGGGAGAGUCACUUUGAUCGGCAGGUUCGGCGCAAGCAAGAUCGAAAAGUCUUUGCCGCCACUGAUCAAAGCCGUUCAAGCUUCGCCGCACGCAUCCUCGGUAAUCUGGACCUCAGAUCCCAUGCAUGGAAACACCGUGUCCCCGCCUUCGCACCCCAGCAUCAAGACUCGCAGGUUCGAAGACAUUGUGUUUGAGCUCUCGGCCUCGUUCAGGGUGCACGCCGAGUGUGGCUCACGCCUGGGAGGCGCACAUUUGGAGCUGACCGGCGAGCUCGACGAAGAGGGCAACAGUGUGACAGAGUGUGUCGGCGGCAGUAUGCAAUUGGGCGAGGAAGAGCUGCAAAAGAGGUAUUUGACGCACUGCGAUCCUCGGCUGAACGCUGAGCAAUCUCUCGAUAUAGCUUUCCUCAUCUCGCAUGCCCUCAAGAGUCAGCGUCUGGCUCGGAGAAGUGCUAGCAUGGACAGUCUCAGUGGUAGAAGCAAAAGUCAGAUCACUUCAAGGGAUGUGAGCCAAGCGAGGGCAUGAUCGGCAAGGGCAUGAAAUGAGAGGAGUGGGAUCCUUGUACUGCCACUUGUAGAGCAUUGCAUAUGAUCGCCGCCUCACACAAUUCCAGUUCGCGUUGUGCACUG